AUGUCAACGUACGCAUCAACCUCAUCUGGUUCCGCGCCUGACGGCCCAAGGACGCUUCGCCUCCACGUCUGGGGCACAUCACCUACAUUGCCCACUCUUGACCCAGCAUCGCUCUACGCGGCAUCACUUCUUCGUGCCACUUUUGCGCACAAAGGUGAUGUGCAGUUGCAGCUUGCGUCGGCGUCAACGUCGCUCGCACGCGUGCCGUUGCUCCAGGUGCUCGAAGGCAACAACGAAACUGUCGAGUUGAUUGACAGUGUUGAAGCCAUUAAGUCGUUCUGUACCGCCGUCGGUCUCGAUUCUGCGUUGGUGUCGGACGAGGAGCUCGAAGCAAAACACACUGCUCUUCACGCAUUUGUAGACGACCAUCUGCUCGACCUCAUCCUACAUUCACUCUUUAGUCUUCCGGCCAACUUCCGCACCGUGACCGCCUCAGCAUAUUCCUCGGUCGGCGGUAUCGAAGCUCCCGCCUCUUCGUUGGCAAAGCUUGCCUCUUUGCCUUUGCGGUUCCAGCCUUCUAUCCCCUCGCGCCUGCGUAACGUGGUUGAAACACGUCUCACAGCCGUCGGACUGUGGGGAUUGGGAGGCAAAGAAGCUCUUGCGCAGUCGGGCGAAGCAGACGACCUAGCAGCUAGAGCAGGCAUCAUCCCCGCCAGGAAGCAAGGCUUGGGUCAAUCGGCAAAGCAAGCGGUACACGACGAGUUUGAACGAUCCAAGCUCGUCUCCAAGUGGAGAGAGGUUCUCGAUGUUAUCGACGCGGCUCUCGGCGGUGGCAUGUAUUUGUUCGGAGGAAGCAAAGUGAGCAGUCUGGAUGCGCAUGUAUUUGGAUAUCUCGCCCCGCUGCUUUUCGCCUCUCCCAAAAUGCCCGUGGAUAUCCUGCCAAGGCUUGUCAAGACGUCGUACCCCCGACUAGCGCAUUACCUUACAAAGAUGAACCAACAGCUCUUCCCCGGCCCGGAUGAGCUGAGCCUCUGGGCCACACAUACCGAAGUACUUUCCAGCCCGCCUACUGUCCCGACAUCUUCAUCAACACCUUUGUCAGGUCUUCUUUCGUACAUUUGGCCCUUCUCGGCGCCUACAACUUCGAAUAAGGCAAGUUCACCUUCCACCACCGACUCCACCCCUGCGGCGGCGGCUGCCGACUCGAUUCCACGUACAACACCAACAGCGACAAGGCAGCAGCAGCAGAGACAGUCCCGUCCUUCCGCGUCGCCUGAAGACCGCAGAUUGCGUUUGGGUCGCGCUCUGUGGGUCUGCUCGGCGCUGAUUGGGUUGGUCGGGUAUACGUUUGCCAGCGGCAUUCCUACGACUAAUUUGACACAACACGAUCCGAGCACGAGCUGUGGUAUUGCGACCAGCAGCAACCCAUUCUGCGUACGCUCUUGUUUGACGACUAGCUCGGAUACGUGCGCCCAAAACUACCACAUCGUGACGGGCACGUUCAACUCGCGCUCGCUGUUCGUGCUCACGUACGACGUGCUCAACUCGAAGCUCUCGAUCCUGCACAGCAUCCGCGCCGAAGGGCCUCACCAAUACCUCGCGCUCGGCGUUUCUUCGAGGCAACAACAGACGGUGUACGCCACCACAUGGGGCACGCCUUCGGCGCUCUCGGCGUGGCACGUUUCGCCGACCGACUACUCGCUUUCGUUCGGCAAUCGACGCGAGAUCACGGCUACGGGAAGUUAUGUACAUGUUCAACCGCCACCGUACUUGACGCGCUCUGCACCUGGAUUUGGAUCGCUGCCUGGAGUGGCGAGGUGGCUGGGCUCGGCAGGUGGGCCCACUGGUGAGCUCCAUACGCUGGAUCCGGAAACUGGACGCAUCGAGACGCGCGUCAAAGAGAUGAUUUUUCUGGCUGGCGGUGAAAAGCAGCUUGCGACGGCCGAUAAGACGCGCAAAGCGCUCCGCUACGGUGCUCACAGCUUCGACUGUUCGGCUUCGUCGAGCUCGGGUCAAGGCCAGGUGGCAUAUGUGGCGGAUUUGGGGGCGAAUGCUAUUCAAGCGUAUCGAUUCGCAUCGCUGGACCAUCUGUAUACGAUAGUGUCCAAGAGGGAGGAGGAUGGACCGAGACACGUGAUCCCUCAUCCCGAGUGGCCGCUGGUGUUUACGGUUACGGAGCAUUCGAAUUAUGUGGAUGCGUACCAGGUGCCGCCGUACGACUCGGAUAUCAAGGAGGGAGCGAGGCAUGUGGCCGAGGCGGACCUGCUCACACCGCAACAAGCGGCUUCUGGACGUUCUAACUGGCGUGGUGAUACGCUGCGAUUUUCGUCGGACCUCCGAUACAUCUAUGCCACAACGCGUGGCAAGACCAUGUCGAAUAAAGGCCUGCUUGUUGCGCUGCGUCUGACGAUUACGCCGAGUAGCUCAGGGAUUCACGUGGAUCUGCGUGAAGUUGCACGUUUCCACACUCGUACGAGCGGCGGUAAGGCGAAUGCGAUCGAACUCGCACCGACGCGCAUUAUGGACGGUCUGGAUCACAUGGUUCUUACCGAUGACGAGCAGGGCUGGAUCGACGUGGUUGCAUUUGACCUGAAUGAGCCUAGCUUCCAUGUCAAGGCUUCUACACAACUGCCGCCAAUUCAACAUCAUCACCAACCCCAACCACAAGGCGCAAGCCAUGCCAUCUGGCUUUUGUAA